GACAAAAAAAAAAUCUUCAACUCAGAAAACUUUGGCUUUUUAUCUCAAUACCAAAACGUUGGGUAUAGAUUCGAAAUUUAAAUAUUCAGUAACACACCACUGAAGUAGAGGGGUAGUUUGGACAUUUAAGAUAUACAGCAGGUUUUGGUUAAUAAAAAGGAAAAAAUUGUCCCAUUUCCGUCGCUCAUCUCCGUCGUCUCAUCGCUUCGCCAUAGUUCUCCGUCAUCCGAGCAACCCUAAAAAUGGAUGGGCAUGAUUCUGAGGAUACUAAGCAGAGCACUGCUGAUAUGACUGCUUUUGUCCAAAAUCUCCUGCAGCAGAUGCAAAGCAGGUUUCAGACAAUGUCCGACUCCAUCAUCACAAAGAUCGAUGACAUGGGAGGCAGAAUCAAUGAGCUGGAGCAAAGCAUCAAUGAUCUAAGAGCCGAGAUGGGAGUUGAAGGCACUCCAACUCCUGCCUCCAAAUCAGGCGAUGAACCCAAAACACCGGCUAGUUAGUUCCACUUGAAAAAAAAACUAAGGUCCAUGAUCUUUCUGCUUGUGUCUGCAACUCCGUGAAAUUUAUUAAGUGCAGGACUACUACUUUUUAAAAUUUUCUGUUUCAAAAGACAUGAAUAGCUUGUUGAGUUCAUUAAAUAGAUCGAUGAUGUGGUGGUACAUUGCAUUAUGUUGCACUUAUGAUUUGCCUUCGAUGUUGCUUUUGAGAUAACUGGAAAGUCUAAUGCAUGAUGGCUAAACCAAGGGGUAUACUUGGUUAGGUUCCAA